AUGUCGAACUAUCCAAAUCGUUACUCCCAGCACUUUCGCCAACCUUCUGCUUCAACCUCCGCCUCGGGGUCACCAGCCCUGGUGGCGAGGAUAAAUGAAAAGAAGCAGGAACUUGAGAACUUGAUGGCGCUACGAGAUCUAUCCGCUGGGCUAGCUAAGCAGAUGGAAGAAUUGGAGGGAAAGCUAGCAACGUUGACUGACGGAACCGAGGCUGUUGCUGCGGUCUUGUCGAACUGGCAUAAUGUUCUCAGGGCAAUUGCUAUGGCUUCUUCGAAAAUUCCCCAACCUAAAGAAGAAGCCGAAGAGGACAACCCAUUUGCGCCGAAGCCAAAACAAGAAAAACAGGAAGAACAUGACGGACUACGACGAGACGAGAACGGUGUUCUAAUGCCGCAGACUUUGGUCAGAAUUCCAGUACUUCCGCAAAAGUGA